AAAGGACCGACACGUCCUCUUUUAAAACGGAAUUACUACUUUGCCCAAUGGAAUAGCUCCUUUUUCGCGCCCAGCUGCAGCUAUAAAAGGUGCGUUUUUCUUCCUUCCCCUUAGGUGCUUCUGGCGUAGGCUUUUAAGAUACUGCAUUAUGUCUGGACGUGGCAAGCAAGGAGGCAAAGUUCGCGCUAAGUCCAAGACCCGCUCUUCUCGCGCCGGGCUCCAGUUUCCCGUGGGACGAGUGCACCGCCUGCUCCGCAAGGGCAACUACGCUGAGCGUGUUGGGGCCGGCGCACCGGUGUACUUGGCGGCGGUGCUGGAGUACCUGACGGCCGAGAUCCUGGAGCUGGCGGGCAACGCGGCCCGCGACAACAAAAAGACGCGUAUCAUCCCGCGUCACCUGCAGCUGGCCAUCCGCAACGACGAGGAGCUCAACAAGCUGCUAGGCAAAGUCACCAUCGCUCAGGGGGGCGUCCUGCCCAACAUCCAGGCGGUGCUGCUGCCCAAGAAGACCGAGAGCCACCACAAGGCCAAGGGCAAGUAAGGCCUCAAGAGCAACGCCUUCGAAACCAAAGGCUCUUUUCAGAGCCACCUAUUUUUUCUGCAGAGGAGCUGCGACAGUAGUUUAACUUAAUUCCAUUGUCAUUACUGCCUGGGGAAAAGAAAUUAAUGUAAUUAAUUUGGCAAGCAGUUUGAGCCACUUUUCGGACUCCUGGUCAUGUCCUCGGAA